AUGAGCCGCAACACGCCCGUUGGCGGGCUGCUAUGGCCGUCACUGCGCGCCUUGCAGAUCUGGGGCGCCAACACUGACGUUGGCAAGACUAUCUUCUCAACCAUCCUCUGCCUCUCCGUUGCCGCCAAGCGCCACAAGGAGGGCGUCUUUUACCUCAAGCCUGUGUCCACAGGUUCCGCUGAGGAUGCCGAUACGAAGCAUGUCCGGGCCGCGUAUUUGGGGUUGCGGAAGCUGAUGAAAGGGACACAACUCGAAGCUAAAACCAUCGCACAGUACGACAUCCCAGUCAGCCCUCACAUUGCCGCUGCCGAGUCCGAAAAGGGCGGCAUUUCCGACCAGGACUUGCUUGCUGCCAUCUAUUCCCGCGCCUCCGAGUAUGCCGCCGCCGCCUCAUCUCCGCGGUCACUCGAGCAGAAAUGGAUAUUCUGCGAGACCGCUGGCGGUGUGCAUUCUCCAGGCCCGUCUGGCACCUCUCAGGCUGACCUGUAUCGCCCCUUGAGGUUGCCUGCUAUCCUGAUCGGUGACUCUAGGCUUGGGGGCAUCUCAGCUACCAUCAGCUCGUUCGAAUCCCUUCACAUCCGUGGUUACGAUGUGGAGUCUGUGCUUCUCUUCGAGAACGAAACAUAUCGAAACUACGACUAUCUCAAGUCGUACUUUGAGGAGCGGGGUAUCCCUUGCACUGCUUUGCGGCCGCCGCCCGCUCGUGAUCAAGACCCUAAAAAAGAUACCAGAGUACUGCAUGCUUAUUACAGUGAAAUGGCCAGAUCUCAUAACAUCCGGAAUGUCUUGAAGGAUCUGAAUCUCCGUCAUGAGAGGCGCAUCAAAAGCCUCGAAACCAUGGCCGAGGACGCUCAGAAGACGAUAUGGUACCCUUUCACACAGCAAAAGCUGCUGACAGCUGAUAAGAUUACGGCGAUCGACUCUGCGUACGGUGACCACUUUCAGACCUUUUCCGCAAAGUCGCAGGCUCCCAAAGAAUUGGAUUGCACUUCACCUCACAAAGUCAAAGGGGAGGGACAAUCAACACCCUUACUUCGCCCCUCUUUCGACGGAUCUGCUUCCUGGUGGACUCAAGGCCUCGGCCAUGCCAACCCGCAAAUGACCCUUGCCGCUGCGUAUGCCGCCGGCCGCUACGGACAUGUCAUGUUUGCUGAGGCUAUACAUCAACCUGCGCUGAAGCUCGCCAAGACUCUGAUCGAGCAACUAGACAAUCCACGCCUUUCUCGUGUUUUCUACUCCGACAAUGGGUCUACCGGUAUCGAAGUGGCCACCAAGAUGGCUCUCCGCGCAGCUCGGCUACGUUAUGGCUGGGGUCCCAGAGAGAACUUGAGCAUCCUUGGUCUGAAAGGCAGUUACCACGGGGACACAAUUGGUGCGAUGGACUGCUCUGAGCCUGGAACUUAUAACGAAAAGAUUGAAUGGUACAAAGGCAAAGGCUACUGGUUCGACUUCCCGACUGUCAAAAUGACCAACGGGAACUGGAAAAUCGACGUCCCAGGCGAACUCAAAAUUGAUGGGAGUUCAGCAGGCGUGGCAGAAUUCUCGGGCCUCCAUGAUAUAUUCGACUUGAAAGCCCGGCAGAAUACCGAGACGUAUCAAGAUUAUACCCGAUACAUUUCCCGCACGCUCGAGAGUCUUAGAGACCAGGGCUUUAAGUUUGGCGCUCUCAUGCUCGAACCAGUCGUGCUAGGAGCUGGCGGCAUGAUGCUGGUCGACCCGCUCUUUCAGCGGGCUCUGGUGGAUGUAGUCAGGAACAACCCCGAGCUCUUCUCUCACUCCUCUGCUGCUGCAGAUGUUGAGGACGACAGAACCUGGACGGGUUUGCCUGUUAUCUUCGACGAAGUUUUCACCGGUCUUUACCGCCUCGGCAGCCACAGCUCUGCCAGACUUCUCGGAGUGAACCCCGACAUAACUGUCCAUGCCAAGCUGCUGACAGGCGGACUCAUCCCCCUUGCUGCUACUGUUGCUUCAGAGUCCAUAUUUCGCUGUUUCGAGAGCGAUGACAAAAGUGAUGCCCUGCUGCACGGUCACAGUUACACUGCUCACGCGGUUGGCUGCCAGGUGGCUAUCGAGACUCUAGCCACCAUGGAACGUAUGGAGAAACAGCGUGCGUGGCGAACUUUCGAGGAUGAAUGGGCGAAUACGGCGGAAUCUCCACUGCUUGAAAAGAGUAACGACGAGCAGAAACCUGCUGUGUGGAGUGUCUGGAGUCGAAAGUUUGUACGAGAGCUGUCCACCAGGACGGAUCAAGUGGAGGGUCUUUGGGCUCUGGGAAGCGUCUUGGCAAUCCACUUCAAGGAUGCCACGGGCUCCGGUUACAAAUCAAACGCCUCCCGCGCAUUGCAGGCUGAGCUCCUGAAGGGCGACAAAGACAUCGCGGGCUCCAAUGUGCACUCGAGGGUCCUGGGCAAUGUCUUGUACCUGAUGACGUCGCAAACAACAGAUGUCGCGACGGUAAGGCACCUGGAGCAGCGGCUGCUCAAUGCCGAGGCGCUUGGGGGUGACCCGGUCUAA